GAUAAGAGAGCGGCGCGGUGGAGCGUGGCGGCGUUGGCGGCGUGCGGAGGAGUGGGGCUUGCAGCCACUGGCAGCGCCGAGAGCAGUCCAUCCGCGGAGAAGUAAAUAAACUCAGUGUGCGAGAGGAGAGGCUGGGCGCAGGACGCCACAGAGAGAAAGCGAUUCUCAGCAUGGCCGUGAUCCUCGUGCUGCUGGGCGUCGUGCUGGCGCUGGUGCUGCUGCUGGCAGCGCUGUCCUGCAGCCAGUUUGGCACCUGGAGCCGCAAGGGCAUCCCGUCGCCGUCGUGGCCGCUGCCGCUGGUGGGCCACUGCCUGCGAUCGCUGCUGCAGCUAGAGCCGCUCUACCAGAACUUUGACCGCAUCUACAAGAUGUUCCCCGGCCAGCCUUACGUCGGCUUUUACGCGGGGUCCAGCCCCGUGCUCCUGAUCAAGGACAUCGAGGCUAUCAAGCACAUCACAGUCAAGGACUUCCACGUCUUCACCAACCACAAGCUAAGCCCCGACGCGCGUUACGACAAGUCGUUGAGCAACUUCAUGUUUUGCCUGAUGGACCAAGAAUGGAAGUCGAUCCGUGUCAAAAUGACACCCGCCUUCAGCAGCGGCCGGCUAAAGACCAUGUACCCGCAGGUCAAUGCCGUUGGCGAGAGGUUCCUGGAAGCCAUAGAGAAGAAGAAGGAUAAGAACGGUGAUGUCGCCGUUAACCCGCUGUGCUCAUUCUACGGCAUCGACGUCAUCGGGCAGUGCGCUUUCGGCGUGGAGUCCAACUGCCUCCUGGAAGAAGGCCGUUCGCCCUUCCUCAACGCUGUGGAGGGUGCUUUCCGCUUCGGCGCCCUAGAGGGAGUCGCCUCGUCCGCGCUCAUGUUCUCUAACUUUGCCUACCACGUGCUGGGUACGUCGGGUGUGUCGAUGCUCAAGGAGUGGCGCACCGCCGUGAUCCGGGACAUUCUACGCGAGUCCAGCGAGCACCGGGAGCGUGAGCCGCUCGCCAACCGGGACAUCUUCGACAACCUGCUGUCGAUGAGGAAGAACGGAGUGCCGCAGGAGCUCUUCGAGUCCCAGGUCUAUUCCAUGUUGUUCGCGGGCUCCGAGACCUCGGCCGCCACCGUCAUGUUCACCCUGUGGCAGCUGGCACUCAACCCUGAGGUGCAGGACAAGCUGCGCGCCGAGCUGCUCGAGGCCCGUGAAAAGGACGGCGGCAACCUAAGUUACGAGACGAUGCACGAGCUCCGCUACCUCGACAUGGUGUUUAAAGAGACGCUGCGCCUGUGGCCCGUGAUGCCGUGGAUGGACCGAGUGGCCUCCGAAGACUACACGCUCCCGGGCACCGACGUGCAGAUCGAGAAGGGCACCUUGGUGUUCAUCCCGAGCUUCUCCAUCCAGCGCGACCCAGACAUCUGGCAGGAUCCGGAGACCUACGACCCGGAGCGCUUUUCGCCAAGCAACUCUGACAACCUUAACAAGCUGGCUUUCAUCCCCUUUGGAGCUGGGCCGCGAGCAUGCAUUGGGAGCCGCUUUGCGGACAUGAGCGUCAAGUCUGUGGUCAGCAAAACCCUUCUGAACUACGAGGUGUGCCUGGCUGAAAACACCCCGCGAUCGGAGGCGGAACUCAAGAUUAACAAAAUGGCCUUCAUUAUAUCGUUAACUGAGCAGCUGCCCCUGCGCUUCCGAAAACUUAAAUAGUUGUUAAUUAUGUGGUGUAUUCGUCUGUGAUGUGCGUCUUUCACUAUUAGUUAUAAGAUUUGUACUGUGUUAAGCUUAGGAAAAAUAAACCGAAAAAGUUUUUCAAUCCCUCA